AGUCUAUGCACGACCGCGGCACGGACAGUGUCGACCCGUUGAGAUGUGAACGCAUAACCUUACAAUCUGUCUACCACGACAGCUUCUGUUGCAAGUGAACGAUCGUUUGGUUUAAUUUAUCUUAUCGAUCAACUUUAUUUUUGUGUUCAACUGUCUUAACAUCCGCUGUGCCGGACACAUUGUGGCGUGCAAGCGUGACUAAAGUAGAACUGCGGUGUAGGCAUCCUACGUUUCAUCUACGUUGAAUGGAUAUGGUCAUUAUACCUGACCAGCUGGAGAUCCCUUCUGUGGCGACAUUGAUGGAGUUCCGCUUGGACAGCGCGGAGUAUUGCCAGGCCCAACACAAAUAAACUAAGAGGGCGUUCGUAGCCGCGAGGGAGCAAGAGCGUGCAACUAGACCCAUGUGCCGGGAGAGCGCGCUGAGAAUACGCACCCCGCGCUAUUUUACACGUACAUCCACCCACAGUUACCUUAAAUUCGGAGUCCGCUGUUAAUUGGAGCAUAUCAUUCAGUUGCCGAAGUUCGAGUGAAAACAAAAAAACUUAUGUUCAACGCAUAAUUUAAUUUCAUUCCACAUUCAGUACUUUUGUUUGGUUGUCUUCGAAUGUGCUCAAGUGGUUGAAAACGCCAUCCAUGCGGGUAUCUCCCAUGAUAUAAUUGGACCUUUUCUAAAAAAAAGCAAGGAAACUGCUGUGUGUUGUGUGGAAAUAGAGUGAGAGUUUGACUGUGACGGAGCGCGACAGCUGUGCCGCGAGUGAGUUUACGAGUGUCGAGUGUCGGAGGAGAAGCAUCGGCAUCAUGAAGCAGAAGGACAUCAGACCGGCGCCCUCGCUCAUCGAGUACAAGAACCUGCGGUUCCUCAUCACCGACCGCCCCUCCGAUGUCACUAUCCAAGCUUAUCUGCAGGAGCUGCGCAAGCAUAACGUGUGCACGGUGGUGCGCGUGUGCGAGCCCAGCUACGACACCGCGCCACUGAAGGCCGAGGGCAUCGAGGUCCGCGACCUGGCUUAUGACGAUGGCACCUUCCCGCCCAUCAACGUCGUCGAGGACUGGUUCGAGAUACUCCGUGAAAAAGCCCAGAACAAGCCGGAGGCGGCGGUGGCGGUGCACUGCGUGGCGGGGCUGGGCCGCGCGCCGGUGAUGGUGGCCAUCGCGCUCAUCGAACUCGGCAUGAAGUACGAGGAGGCCGUCGAGACCAUCCGGGAUCAAAGGCGCGGGGCCAUAAACGCGAAGCAGCUGUCCUACCUGGAGAAGUACCGUCCGAAGUCGCGACUGAAGAAGAACGGCCACAAGAACGCGUGCUGCGUGCAGUAGCGUGACGUCACGCGCGUCCACAGCGAAUCUAGCUCUGCUUUCACACACACACUUACACAAGGGAGCAUAGACAACAAUCAAUUAGUUCUAUAACGUAGUUUGUCGCCUCUUUUUGACGACCCUUUUAUUUCUUACUUUUCCUUAUUUUGAGGACGAGACCGAGAGUUGACACCUAUUGACGAGAAAACUUCCCGACUGAUUUUACUAUCGAUUCGGCCUCGAUCUUCGCUCCUCUCCGUAUUUGACAUGUUUAUCUCGAAUUUUCUAUGAUAUUUAAUUGAGAGCCUUAUUAUAAGCUAAUGUUUGUAUGUUCAAAGUAAAGGUGUAUAACCCUUGUGCUGUACUGUGUAUUAGUGGAAUAUGUUAAAUAGAAGCGAGCCACAAUUUGUGUUCAUAGUUGAAACAGUUACUCGGGUAUUUAUACUAAAAUCAUAAUAAAUUACAAUAUCCAUAAUAAAUACAAUGCAGUCAAUGUAUGCUCUUAGAUUUCUUUCGAGUUACUUUGUACUUUUGUGUGGUGAAAUCAUGAUUUAUAUAUAAACUAAUUAUUAUUUUCUUUCAUAGAGACUUAAUUAUUUUAAUGUUUAAUUUAAUAAUAAAAUAAUGAGACAUAAUAGAGCAAUUUGUUUGGAAGAGUAAUUUCAUGUCCAGGAAUGUGCUUUUGUAAUACGUAGUGGUUAUUAUUAUGAGCUGUCUCAAAAUUGUGCAACCUAUGACUAAUUCAUUGAAAUUCUGAUGUAAUAGAUACCCAUUACAUGCAUGCGAACUUUGACUCACGAAUGUUCCAAUAAAAUAGCUCUUUGAUAUUAUUUUUCUAUUUCUAAUUUUAUGAAGAUUAUCGAAAGUAUAUGAUUGUGUAACUAUGGAACAGUCACAUUCAAAAUAAAAAUAUUUAUAAUCAA